AUGCCCGUCAAAGCUGCCUCAGCGCUCCCCAUCAUCCAUAUUGCCCCCUGGCUCGAAGAUCACAACCACAAAGGCAGGCUCUCCACCUCUGCUGCCAUCCACGCCGCUUGCCUUGAAUACGGAUUCUUCUAUCUCGAUAUCUCGAGCUAUAUCGACCCACAAGAGCCCGAGGAGCUAGCCCGACUUGCACGCCAGUUUUUCUCGCAACCUCUGGAGGAGAAGAACAAGAUAUCUCUCAACCGAGAGGAUCAUGCCAGAGGGUAUGCUAGACUUAAUGAGAACGUCACCAACGGCAAGCCAGACAAUCAUGAAGGUAUAGAUUUCUACCGCCCUGUCGAGAGACCCGACAAGUCGAAGCCUCUGUGGGGCGAAAACCAAUGGCCUGAUAUCCCUGGCUUUCGUGAGAAGUAUGAAGCAUGGGUGGAGAAGAUGAAGAAGCUGGGCAUAAUUGUGAUGGAGGCGAUGUCCUUCGGCUUGGGCAUGUCCCGCGAGGAAUGGGCAGAUCUCCGUGCUAAGGUCGACGAUAGCUUUUGGGUUAUGCGUGUCAUCGGGUAUCCGCCACUUCCUAAUGAUCACGAAGGUUAUUUCUGUGGCGCACACAGAGACUACGGUUGCCUCACAUUUCUCUGGGCUGAUCCCACAGAAGAUGCUCUCCAAGUGUUCUUGCCACAACCUGCAGCGGUUGUCGAUGACGAAAUCAACAACGGAAUGCCCAAGGCAGAAGAGACACUCGAGCAAGGAGUCUGGGUAUCUGCAGAUCCGCUUCCUGGUUGCAUAGUCUGCAACAUCGGUGAAAUGUGGGAGAUCUGGACGAAUGGCCUGUACAAGAGCACCCUUCAUAGAGUCAUCCAUCAGGGAAUGAACUAUCGCAUCCCAUUCUUCUUCGAACCCAAUUUCGACGCUGUUAUCGCUCCUCUCGCAGCCGCUCACCGCAUUCAGGAUGAACUCCCCGGCGAGCACCACCUGAAGAAACGACAGAAGAUGAAGACGUACGGCCCGACGAAAUACGGCGACUUUCUCCUGCGCAAGAUCGGCGGAAAUUUCGCGAACGGGGGUGGGAAGGGCAAGUACGAUAACUAA